UUGGCCCUUUCAUGUGUAGAUUGGUUUGCUCCUGUGUGUCAGGACCCCGAUGGUGCUCUCAACACGACCUCUGUGUUCAACAACAUCAGCGUCUCCACAGUCAUGAAGUGUGAGGGGAAGCAAAAGUGUGAACUAUACCUCAGGGUCCGAACUGUUUUACAACUUGCUGACUCCAUUCAUGGCGUGUCCAUUUGCACUGCCAGUCCAGGAAGGAUAACGAGCUGUAAAAGGAUUGUUUUCACAAGAACAUCAAGAAAAAAAAUGUUAGGACAGCAGGUGGCUGUUGAGAAUGAUUGCACUGAAGUAUAUCCAAACCAACAAGUGCGAAUUACCGUGACAACAGUGCCAAGUUACUGCGGGAUAACCUGGACUGACACCUAUCAUACUCCGGGAUGCAUGCAUAAAGACUUGAGAAAAAACAUCCCAGAAUGCAUCACCGGCAGGCUAUCUUAUGAUGUAAACCCAAACAAGAAUGAGCUGAAGAUAAGUGUGUCGGACAUGCUUGAGGAAUACGAUUACCACCUUCGUCUGUGCUAUAAGGACUUCAUCUGCAUCGGCACAGGGGCCUAUACAAUGAUGAAAAAAGGGCGACCCAUAAAGAGCGCCGUCCUUCACUACUCACGACCUUUGCCCUGUCUCUGCAUCGAGGGUUGGUCAGCUAUGAUGGAUGCCCCCAGAGUCCAGGUCUGUCCAUUCAAAGACCGUUUGGAGGAACUCUGGCAUGGAAUCACCUUUGACCCGCUGGAGCAGUCUUUAUUAUGGGAACCUGCCUGUCCAGUUACGGCUGCGGUUGGGCUGUGUGAGAAAAUAGAGGACGGCGACUGUGUAGACUUGCCUCAUUCCUUGCAGAAUGUUAGCAGAGAAAAGGUUACAUUUACUAAAGUGGACCCACACCCUCAACUUUGCAUGAAGUUUACUUUAGGAUCUCGGUCCUGGACCCGAUGCCCCUUCGGUGAUUUGAUCAAAGCAUGGGACGUAGUUGUGAAAGGGCAGCAGGGGCCUGAAGAAGCACAGUUGCUUUCGCAGAUCGAGGCUUCAUUCUCCGUGGGGCUGUGUGUGAAGUCCAAAGGGUCAUCAGAGUGCCAGACUACAGAAACACACUCCGUACAUGUGGGGAAGCACAGAGCUGUUGACUUAAAUCUUCCAGGGAAGUCGUGUGACUCAUGCAUCCGGGUACAGCGGCUCGAUGUGAAGUACGCUGUCGCAGUUGUUCACUGUUUUGAGCAGUGCUAUGAAGCCCCUCAGGACUUGAUGUGGGUUAUUCUUCCAGCUGCUUUUUGCCUGUUUGGCAUCAUAAUUGUCACUCUGAUGCUCCACGCACUGUUAACAGUGUAUCAAAGGAGGAAGCAACAAACAAAUGGAGUCUGUACAUCAGAAAAACAAACAGAUCCUGGUCUUGACUCUAUGGCGUCUCCGUUAAAACCUCAGCCUGUUCUCAGCAGCAAGGUCUGCAUACCAGAUUCACCUGAGUGUGGAAGUAAUGAGAAGGCCAACUUGAUCUCCGGAUGAACACAGAAGACGUGCCCUGGUCUAAAACAUUACACGCACGGUGCAAUAUGAAAUGUUACAAAAGCAAAUGAGUUCUCUGUUCAUUCCCCUUUGUCCUGUUUGAAAAGAUAUUUCAAAUGUUGUAUGUCUGAUGCUGAUUUUUCUUAUUUUUUUGUAUUUAAUGGAUUGUUAAAUGAACUAUAUGUAUA